AUGCCCGAGAAACAUAUACUCAACCACGCUCUGAAGAUCCCGGCCAUCACAAAACUGUCAGGGAAAAGAGUGGUUCUGGCUUCAAGUAGUCCAAGAAGAAAAGAGAUAUUGCAGACAUUCGGUCUAGCGCCAGAUAUUGUGCCCUCCAAAUUCAAGGAGGACUUGCCGAUAAGUUCCUUUGAGGAUAUACACGAAUAUCCUGUUUCCACAGCAACAUACAAAGCGGUAGAUGUAUACGAACGGCUUGUGCGCGAGGAUCCUGAAAAUGCGCCAGAUCUUGUUAUCGGUGCGGAUACGGUGGUGUUGACGCAUGCGCUACCGUCGACCUCGCAGACUUCUUGGUCCGACCUUCCACAAAUAAAUCAGGAGCUUCUAGAGAAACCUUCGUCCAAAGAUGACAAUCUACGGAUGCUACUAGACCUCAACGGGGGAGUCUGCGAGGUGGUCACUGGGGUCACCGUUGUGUACCCAAUUUUGACUGCACCUGGCUAUGCAUUGAAGUCUAUCGACGAGCGAUCGCUCGUGUACUUCGCUGACAGCCCUAAACACAUCCUCAAGGCGUACGCUGACAGUGGAGAAGGACUCGAUCGAGCUGGGGGAUUCGCAAUCCAGGGCCUUGGGGGGUUGUUGGUCCGCAAGGUCGAGGGUGACUACCAUAACAUCGUUGGGUUUCCCGCUGCCUCGUUCUUCAAGUUACUCGACUUGCUUAUCGAGGAAGAACCUGAUUUCUUAGAUGUGUAA